UCACAAAGUCCCGGUUGGAGAUUCUCCGCUGGCACCUGGCGAUUGCCGAGCAACACUGACAGGGGGGAGGGACCUGUGUCAGUAACAUGCUGUUGUGUAUGCACAGCAGAGAAAUACACAGCAGCAUGUUUCCCCAGUAAAACACACACAGCACAUGUUACAAAACAGCACACAGUUAACCCUUUGAUCGCCCCGAUGUUAACCCCUUCCUGUCUAGUGUCAUAACUACAGUGUCAAUGCUAUUUUUUUAUUAGCACUGAUCACUGUAUCAGUGUCACUGGGGAUGUCAGUGGCAGUCAGUUCCCACCCAGUGUCAGAAUGCCCACCGCAGUCCCGCUAUAA